AUGAGCUUUUCUACAACCUGUGAGGUUGAUCAUUCUAACAAAACUUAGCAUCGUAAAUUCAAGAGUUUACAUCUAAAAAAACAACAAGACCCCCUCUUAACAGAUAAGCCCUUUGAAACUAGAACUCAUGGCCAAUAAUUUGAACAAAACUUCUCUCAUUAUCUCAAAGGAGAUCUAAAUGUCUCCAGACUCAUACAAGCAUUGAAUUGUCCCAGGUUGACAGCAGAGAAUUAAUUUACUCAGAACGAAGGAAUAUCAAUCAAGAUACGUCAGUAAACAGAAUAGCGAAAGAACUUCUUAAAGAGUAAAAUUCAAAAGGUGCGGAAUCUCAUCAAGUAGAAAGUGGCAAUCAAGAAACCUCAUAACGAGGAGAUGCGCUAAGGCAAUGCACAGACUUUGACCAUUGUGCAGACCAUUCUAGACAUUGCAAAUCACAAGGAAAAUGCAAUAAGUUAUCAAGAGAAGUUGAUACCCAAAUCGAAGAGUCUAAAAAAUUAUAGACUCAAUUAUGAUAAUGUAGAACCAAUCUCUAAAAUGCAAAGAGAUUUCAUAGAUACCAUCCCUCCCAGACAAUAUUUAAAAUCUGUAUUGGAGAACAAUGCCUAGUUGUAUUUGCAGGAAUUGCAAUUAAGAGCAGAACAACGAGAAAACAAUAUCAACAAACUAGUGCGUUUAAAUAUCCAAAAUAAGAGGAAAGAUUUUACUUUGUUUCAUAAGGCAGCCAAAACAGACAGGAGAAAUCAAGAUGGUAUUCUUACAAUUGGAGACGUGCAACUAUACGAUUAUCUAUAUAACAAUCCGAAAGGUGUUAUGAUUGAAAAACAUCCCAAAUAUAUUCAAAAUGUUAUUGACUCUGGAGUUGAUUUUCGUAAGAAUUUAACACGACGACUACUUACCACUCGAAAACAAAAAACUCAUUACAAUCGAGAUCCUCCUUAGAACUCUGAUGACUCAUGUGCUUCUUCUUUAUAAUCAGCCUGUGAGAUUAAGUUGGAUAACUAUUAUGGGGAAACCAGAGAGUGGAAACGCAAACAAUACUUACAAUUACCCAGACGCAUUAAACAAUUAAUUGCAUUGGAAGAAUUAAAUUAGUAAUUACUAUUUUAUCAUUUAGGAAAGCCAUCCACACAACAGUUAAUAAGUUGUAAUCUUAAUGA